GUUUCAUUUGCUAAAUUACGCGAUUUAGUUUCCCUGAAGGGAGGUUGGUGAUAAAAUCUGCAUCAGGGAAAAAAGAAAAAAAAAAACUGUACCAGGAAUAGCUUCUGAGAAAAUAUGGCUGUGGGGAGAAAUAAAAGAGCAGCAGGACUAAAUGACUAUAUUACUGACUGCUUUAAUUAUAGCCGACCAUAUGGUGGAAAAUAACAAAUAUGUGGAAAGUCAGUCCAACAUUAUCAUCCAUCUCCCUGUCUGGAUCGUCAGCUCCUCCCCCAUGCGCGCGGGGCUUCAUUUGAUCAAAUCCUUCAACUUGGACCACUUUUUACAACACGGCAUUUGAGCAACGCCACAACUUGCGCAGCACUUCCUCUUCCACAUCCGAGCAGCAGUUCACAGCCCGGGAAGGCAGAGAAGAGUGGGGGAAAGGACUUCUUGCAUCCUCAGCAUCCUUCACUGCCGCCAGCAAUGGAGAGGGAGGUCAUAUUUUGCCCGAAGAGGCAAAGUGCGUUUUGGUUUGUGAUUUUGAUGAUGCUCUGCUUCUUUGAUGCCGACAACGCUGAGAUAACUUGCAGGUCAUGCCAGCCUGGGAAUAAGUGGCGUGCACAAGAAUUACUGCUGAAAUUCGACUCAAGUGAGUCCGCAACAGGAUUAAAGGGAGAAGUUUUUGGACGCGGAGACGGGGCAGGGAGAGCCGCGGCUGCAAGUGCCGAAAGUCGGCGUCUCCGUUGCGCUGCCGGCUCCGAUGAGUGCGCUCCAGACCGGGGGGAACACACGGAGCCGAGGCUGAAACGGAAUACAGACAACCUGCACGUUAAAGGUGAAAUUGGUGCGCGCGAGUUGGCAAAGACGAAAGUUUCCAAUGUAAAAACGAGUCAGCAGGAGGACAGCGCUGGUGAGGGGGUGACUUCUGCUGCCCGGUACAGAAAGCGCACCAGGAGGAACAGUGAUGAUGAGAAAACCAGCUCCCCUGGUUCAGCUCCGAGUCGAGACCCGGGAGAGGGCACGCGCCCGGCGGCUGGCCGCAGAGUGCCGCGCUGGAGCGGUGAUGAGCGCAGAGCCGCCACUCCGAGGCACGAGGAGCUCAAACUUAACAGUUCAACGUUCGCCUUGACCGGGGAUUCAUCUCACAACCAGGCUAUGGUGCACUGGUCCGGCCAUAACAGCAGUGUGAUUUUGAUGCUGACCAAACUAUUUGACUUCAACCUCAACAGUGUGACUGAGAGUUCAUUAUGGAGGUCAACUGACUACGGAGCAACGUACCAGAAGCUGAAUGACAAAGUAGGAGCAAAGACAAUACUCAGUUAUUUGUACGUGAGCCCGAACAACAAGAGAAAGAUCAUGCUGUUGACUGAUCCAGAGGUGGAGAACAGUCUUCUGAUCAGCUCUGAUGAAGGGGCUACGUACCAGAAGUACCGGCUGAGCUUCUACAUCCUCAGUCUGCUCUUUCACCCCGAGCAGGAGGACUGGAUUUUGGCCUACAGCCACGACCAAAAGCUCUACAGCUCGGUGGAGUUUGGGAGGAGGUGGCAGGUAGUGCACGAGAGAGUGGCUCCCAAUCGCUUCUACUGGUCGAAAAUGGGUUUGGACAAAGAGCCAGGCUUGAUUCACCUGGAAACCAGCAUCUCUGAAGGACAGGCGCUGUAUGUCACCUGCAAGCUGCAGAACUGCACAGAUGCCAACAAGGGCAAACCAUUCCCCGGCUAUAUUGACCCCAAUUCUCUGGUGGUGCAAGAUGAGUAUGUGUUUGUUCAGGUGUCAGCUGCAGGGAGGCCCAUCUACUAUGUGUCUGCUAAAAGGGAUGUCUUUACACCAAUGAAGCUGCCCAAGUACACACUGCCCAAGGACCUGCAUGUGAUUAGUACGGAUGAAAACCGUGUGGUUGCAGCCGUACAGGAGUGGAACCAGAACGAGACCUACAACCUGUACGUUUCGGACACGUCGGGGGUCUACUACACCCUGGCACUGGAGAAUGUGGUCAGCAGCAUGGGCCCCGAGGGCAACGUCAUGAUCGACCUCUAUGAGGUAGCUGGAAUAAAGGGGAUGUUCCUUGCCAACAAAAAGACGGAUAACCAAGUGAAGACAUACAUCACAUACAACAGAGGCAGAGAUUGGAGGUUACUGCAGGCCCCCCGUAAAGACCUGAGGGGUAACAGCAUUCACUGUGUGCUGCCCUACUGUUCAUUACAUCUCCAUCUUCAAGUGUCUGCAAAUCCUUACACAUCUGGAAAUAUAGCCAGCAGGGAGUCAGCCCCGGGGAUCAUCGUCGCAUCAGGCUCCAUCGGCUCGGAGCUGACCAGCACUAAUGUCAGUGUGUUCGUUGCCUCGGACGCAGGAAACACAUGGAGACAGAUCUUCGACGAGGAGUAUGCAGUGCUGUAUCUCGACCAGGGAGGGGCCUUAGUCGCAAUAAGACACACUCCGCUUCCCAUCAGACACCUGUGGUUGAGCUUUGAUGAAGGACUCCAGUGGAACAAGUACAGCUUCACCAACACGCCUCUGUUCGUGGACGGGGUGCUGGGAGAGCCUGGCGAGGAGACUCUCAUCAUGACGAUCUUCGGCCACGUCAGUCAUCGCUCGGAGUGGCAGCUGGUGAAAAUCGACUUCCGGUCCAUCUUCAACAGGAGGUGUACAGAGGCCGAUUAUCAGACGUGGCACCUUCUCAACCAGGGCGAGCCGUGCCUCAUGGGAGUGAAAAGAAUCUACCGGAAGCUGAAGCCCACGUCCAGGUGCGUUAUGGGAAAAACAUACUCUGUGUCCAUGACGUCGGGCCCCUGUGACUGUACAGAGGCUGACUUUGAAUGUGAUUACGGCUUCGAGAGGCGGACCGAUGGCAAGUGCACCCCUGCCUUUUGGUUCCAUCCGUCAACCAUGUCCAGGAGUUGCACCACGGGGAUGACUUUCCUUAACAGCACUGGCUACAGGAAAGUGGUCUCUAACAACUGUACGGCUGGAGUGAGCGUGGAGUACACAGCCAGGAGGCAGCAGUGUCCCGUCCAAGCACCCAAAGGUCUCCACCUGGUCACCAGCGAGGGCACGUUGAGCGCCACCCUGGGCACCAACGUCACCUUCCUGCUUUUCCUGGAGGAGGGCGACGGGGCGAGGACAAGCAUCACGCUGGACUUCGGAGACGGCCACGCUCUCACCUACUCCAACGUGAGCUCUAUUGAGGACGGCAUCAAACACAUCUACAAAGCUGUGGGAAUCUACCGAGUGACUGCCACCGGGGAGAACAGCCUCGGCUCAGAGACCGUCAUGCUCUACCUGCAUGUAACAUGUCAGCUGGAGUAUAUCCAUCUCUCAGCUCCCUUUGUGGCGGUGAGGAAUAAAGAAGUGAACCUGACUGCUGUUCUUUGGCCCAGCCAAGUGGGAACGGUCACCUACAUCUGGUGGAUCGGAAAUAACACAGAGCAGCCAGUAAUCACCCUGGAGGGAAGUGUGGCGUGCACAUUCUCCCAGGAAGGCACCAGUACAGUCACUUUACAGGUGUCUGCAGGGAAUACUAUCCUGCAGGACAGAAAAAGCAUCGCCGUCCACGAGUAUUUCCACUCUCAUCUGCUAGCCUUCUCAUCAAACCUGGACGACCACAACCCUGAUGUGGCAGAAUGGAGGCUGGAUGUGAGCCGUGUCAUCAAGAAGUCUCUGAUCGAGGCCACAGGGGUGCGAGAGGAUCGGCUUCUGGUCACCGUCCUCCCUGGUUUACCCACAGCAGCAGAGUUUUUCCUUCUGCCUGACAAACAGCUGACUGAGGGGAAAGCAGAGCAGAGCUCUGCUCAUUUAGAUCAGCUCUCUGAGGUUUUACUCAACGCCUUAAAUCAAAACCUUGUCCAGUUCACGUUGCGGCCAGGGGUCCAAGUCACCGUGUAUGCAGCGCACUUAUCAGCAGCGCCCCUAGUGGACACCAGCGAGAACCACAGUGGCUCUGCCAUGCUAAUGCUGUUAUCAGUAGUGGUUGUGGGUUUAGCUGUAUUUGUCAUCUACAAAUUCAAGAGGAAGAUCCCAGGCCUCAACGUCUAUGCGCAGAUGCAGAACGAAAAAGAACAAGAAAUGAUGAGUCCAGCUAAUCCAACAGGGGCCACGGCCAGCUCACAGCGGGACUUGGUUCACUCUUUGGAGAUUCUGGACACAGAAUUUAACUCACGGCCCAUAGAAGGGAAAUGGUCCGGUCAAGGGGUGAAAGGCAGCUAAGCAAAAAUGAGAUGUAUGAAACCUCAUGUACAUGUGAAAUUCUCCACAGAACUCCCCACGUACAUUGUCUAAACUCUGGACUGGAUUACCACUCCAGCUUCGUCAUGGAUAUAUUUUUUUUUACCAUUUGGGACACAAUGGUUUUGAGCUUUAUACCUGUGCAUGUUGGACCCUGAUGACAUACUGUGCUCUGUUGAAACCAGAAGAAACUGUGUACAGGUUUUCAAUUUUCUUUCAACAUACACUGUGUCUGAUGAAUUAAACAUUUUAAAAAAUCCCACUUAUUUAUACAAGUCAGAUACAUAAUUCAGAGGGAACGACAGCAUGAACUGGAGAUGGUAAAAAAUUAAAUAAGCAACAAUGUUUUGGUUUUGCUCACAUGUCUGAGAUUGGUUUGCUGUUCUAUGACAGCAGUAGUGUGUUAUUUAUUAUUCAUAUGAAUAUACUUUUAUGAAGUAUGUUAUUGAAGUGAAUUACACAUUUAUUUGGAAAUCAUGAAUGUCUGUGUUAUAAAUUUGUGUAUUUUAAUAACAUGUCAUACUAAACAGAAAUGCUGUUAUAAAAUAUGAAUAGGGUACUUCAAAGCUUUUUGUCUAUUGUCUCUUGGAAAGCUGAUUUAUGGCACAAUACACAUUUUCUACUGAAAUGUUUCUUUUUUUCUGAUUUUAAGUUAUUAACAAAAAUACAGGGUUUGGUUUUUCUGGAUUAAUUUAACCUUUGCUGUUAAUCUAACGAUUCUGGUACUAUUUAAGACACAUACCAGUUUGUAAAAUGUUUUGUGCUACAGAAGAAGUGACCACGUGAUGGCUAAGGUGCUACACUGCACCUUCAGACUGCAAAUUGUACACCUUUUAGGAUUAGCAGAAGAAGCCGGGUGAUAGGAGGGCUAUCCCACAAAGAAAAGUAGGCCAAAGUGGUCCUCAACCACACCCCAAUCACAGGCAACAUCCCUACUGCAGGCAGAGGACAAUUUAUCAAAGCUCAGAUUUAAAGGUGGCAGUUGGAAUGAAAUACAACUACUUUGUGGGAGAAUCCAAAGAACAUGGUAGCAAGAAAGAGAGAAACAGAGAGAGAGAGAGAGAGGUUAAGGGAGAUGGAAGAGUGCUUUUUGGGGCCAUGACGCAUUAAGAGCGUACUAUUGGACAGAAUAAAAAGAGUUUGACUUCUUGAAUACUUAAUGUGGCCAGUCAAGCUCAAGGCUUGCUAUGGUUGGUGACACAUUUAGGCUAAUGUCCUGACCCACUCUCCAGUAGCAACCAUCUUCAUCCCAGCUCAUUUAAUUGCACUGUAGGAGCCGGAGAACUAGAGUGCAGAUGCUACCAGGCCACACGGAUGGUUAGCUUGUUCAGAGGACUGUCAAGCUGUGUGGUACUUUGUGUGCAAAAUCUGACAGAUGUAAAUGCCUGAUUGAUGCCGUUCAAAUCUCCAGAGGCAACCUUACAGGAUUAGUUUUCACUCUAACUACUUCUUACUACUUCACUCUUUACUUUGUAGAAAUGUGUAACUACAGAGGGAGUGUGGUCUUGUCAACUUUGGAUGAUCUUUUCUACAGUUCACUCGCAGAUGUACAGAAAUAGCUGUUGCCACAAUUGCCAUAUACCUACACAAUCAGUACAGAAUGUAACCAUGCACCAUACAUAAGGGCAACAAAAAAUAAACAGGACUUUCAACCGAGAGGUUGGUGUUGGUGUCCCGUGUGAAACCAAAAGUCAACGUUGGCUAUUUUUUUAAACUGCGUGAGUUAACUUUCUUGCGCAAUGUUCCUUGUGUAAUGUUCUUAACUAACACCACAAACAUAUAUUUUUACCCAAACCACAAUCUUUACCUAAGCUAACGGGACUCCCAGAGUGUUAAAAAGUAAUGCCAAUUGGUCCUGACCAAGCUAACAGCGACCGUUACAAUGCAAAUAGAUGAUAACAUCCUUCUGAACCUUCUAGUAUGUGGACCAGGCCCCUUCUAAACCAUAUCUAGGAGGCAGAUGACCGCUCAUAACACCUUUUGAGUCUUGUCUUUAAGAUUACCGGUACUAACAAAUAUGAAGUGAUGCUUUUGACACAAAGUCACGUAAAUUGUUGAAUUAAGUAAGUGGUAGGUCACAGAACCUUGGGGGGACCCAAGGUGUGUAUUGUAUUCAUUUGUAAUUGAAAUGAUAAGGGUCUUAAGGGAACAUUUCCAUCACUACCUAAUCUUAAGGCCCCAUCUUGUAGAAAGUUAUAAUCAAGUCUACUCUUUGUGAUUUUGGGAUGUAUUAAGCGACAUAGGGCAUAUUCAUGUUACCACAAAAAAAUUGCUGACUACAGAGUGGGUUAUUCUUGCCCUAUUUGCAUAUAAAGCUAACUUUCCAAAGUUGGCUUGCCCACAGUAAAUAGCAAAAAGGGCAAUGUGACUGUUUCACUUCAAGUUGCUCUCUUUAGUGUUUAGACAGACGAAGCUGUAAAAAGUAUAGAAGGUGGGGUGUGUCACUCUGAUGAGUGAAUGCAGUACAAUUUUCUAGGAUAUUAAUAUCCAUCAAUUCUAGGAAUAUGGCAUAUCCUGGCAGAGAGCCUGAAGCUUGAGAGCAUGUUUGCGUUGAGCACGUAAGUUAGAUACUGAGGUCCCGAUGUUCAGGUAUUUGUCUUGUUGUCACAUUUGGUGCGCAACAGAGUAGUUCAUUUCCAGAGUGAUGUGUUGCCAUGCACUGUUUCUCCUGUUUAAGUCCCAGUUGCUUAUUAAGUUAUAUUGUAGAGCAAUGGAAAGCCUUUGACCAUGACGAUCAGCUUGUCCUACAUGUUGUUUUAAAGCGCUCAUGUUACGCUUAUUUUCAGGUUCAUAGCUGUAUUUUGAGGUUGUACCAGAAUAGGUUUUCAUGGUAUAUUUUUGGAAAAAACACCAUAUUUUUGUUGUACUGCACUUUAGCUUCUUCUUUCUUUUUAAGUUCUUUUGCGUAGUUGAGUGGCAUUGUCAAUGCCACUGAGCAACAUUUAAGUCAAUGCGCGUAGAUAGGGAAUGAUAAGUCUAGAGACCACCAGUGUGUGUUGCCCUCAUUUUUUUAUUUUUAAAUUAAUCAUUUGUAUACCAAAGCUGCAUGCUAAGGUAAUUUGGUGACAACUUAUCCUCCAUCUUCAUUUCCAUUGUAUUAACGUGUUACAUCUGAGGUUGCAGGACAGAAUUUGCACUCAGCUACAAGGUGAUUUAUCUUGUUCCAUUGCAUGGUGUAUAGGGGUAUUUUUUUAUACUCGUAAUUGGAUUUUUGUAAAUCAUCAAUGACAUUUCUAGAAAUGUAGCAAUACAAUACAAUAAUUGGAUUUUCUAAGAUUAAGGACAUUAAGGAUUUCUUUUCAGGUUUUGCAAAGUAAGAAUGUAACAUACUGAGUACUGAUUUGGUUCACGUUUCAGAUUUAGAAAAGGGCUUUUGGAUCUGAUAUUAACAGUUUGAGGGAGACAUACAGUAGACGGUACCUCAUGGUCAGAAACAACGUAGUUAAAGGGUAAUUCCUUUUAUAUUUAUAACCUAGACCCAAUUUUCCCAUAUCCAACUGAUUAAUGAAAGCCAGCAUAUUCACCACAUGUAAAUAGUUAAAUUAGGUUUUUGUUUCCCCCACCAAACCAAAGUGGUGAUUGUUGGAACAGUGGAAAGAUGAACCAAGACGGCUUUUGCUAGUUUGAUUUUGUUUCUGUCAACUUUGAAAAACUUUGAAAAAUACAGAUUAUUUAAAUGGAGUCUGAUGGGUUUGAUAGUAGUGUUUACUGGGCUGUUUCUUUUUAAACUUACUCUUUAAAAGAAAUGUUGACCUCUAAAGGGAUCCUUUCCAUAAUGUUGUCAGACACUUAGAAUAAUAAUCUGAUCAUGUCAGUGGCAAAACGAGCACUUUAUAUGGAAGUAAAUUAAAGGUGAUCAAUUGGACUAUUGACUUACAUUGCAGCUUUUUUGCCACUGCAGAUCUUGCUUAAUACUGCACCAAUGUCAAAGAUUCUUGCUUCCAUCAUCGUCACUUAGACACAAAACAUAGGAAAAUACGGUCCAUGUUUAACCCCAGGGAACAGGAAAUGACAGGAUCAGGAGGUCGGUCAUGAUAAAGGCAUCUUUUGUCUUUGGGUUUCACUAGAGGAGGAAGGUCGAACAGACAGGAAGUCCUGCCGAGCUUGGAGCUACUCUUUUCUUCCCCUCUCUCUAUCUCUCUAUCUCUAUCUCCUCAGCGCCGCAGAAUUAGCAAGAUUAUUAUUUUUGUAGAGAAAUAUUAAUAACAAAAAAAAGACUUUUAUUACUGUACAGCUUUUGUAUAAGAACAGACGGUAAAGUGUUACAGUGUUUUUGUUUGAUAUCAACUGUGCUGUGUGUAAUUGUUUGAUGCAUUUAUAAUCAUAUUUAUUAAAUGGAAAGACGUC